AUGGAAUCUGGGGAUCGAGUUUACAACGUGUAUUGCACUGAAGAAAUUGCCAAAACACUCCAAGCUUCAGGCCAAAUUUCAUGGUUGGCCUCCCAGUAUUCCAUUCACAUAGAUUAUCAACAGGGCAGAUUCAUUAUAACUGGAAGAGAAACUCCUGUUCAGGCCCAGCAGCAGGCCAAGCACAUGCUAAUUUCUCUGAUUCAGCAGCAAUCAGUGCCUAAAUCCGCAUUUCAGUGGUUUUGGUUUAAUGGAAAAUCUUAUUCUCCUUAUGACCCAGAUUCCAACCAGAAGAUUGAAGAUGCAUUCCAAAACCAACAGCCGGCACUAAUCCUGGAAAUCAUGGGAAAACUCUACAACGUGAAUCUUAUGCAAUUCGCGCAAUCUCCCAUAUCUGGGAAGUUUUGGAGACCAAUAAUCAGGCAGCCUCCUCCAAUGAUGAGGAGACCUGAAAGCAGAAGAGAGUUUUCGGCGUGAACUUAUGAUGAUAGAGGCAAAAAAAAACCUUUUUCAAGGGAAAUUGUGCAGAAACUAGAGGAAGCGGAGAAGACAAAGGAGCCUGUGGAUAUCAAAAUGGGGAGCUCUGAGUUUAUUAUUAAUUUAGAAACAAUGAAAAUGCAGAACAAGAAAACCAAAAGGGUUCAGAAUGUAUUUCGAGAAAAUAAACGAGAUAGCUAA